UUCUUAAGCGGCCGAGCACCCACUCCCUUCGAGAAGGAUAUUAUCUUAGUCUCCUUAGCCUCCAAGGCGGCGCCUGUGAACAAACCCUCAAUCCAUCCUCGCCAAGUGCAGACUCACAGACAUCCAACGCUGUAGUAUCAAGCUUGCUCGUUCCCUCUUAUUCUUUCUCACCCUCUCGUCCGCUGGACCUCCUCCCACAUCGUACCUCGUCGUCCUCUUCCGCUCUGCUCUACCCUCACCGGCGUCCACUCCACCUAGCCGCUGUCCGGGUGGUUGUCAGGGGACGUAUCGAAAUCAGAACCAGCAAGAAGUCGUUGUCCUUCACUUCACCAUGUCGAGGAGAAGUGGCCCAUUGGGGCGGGGCGCUGCCUCCCCCAGGUCGAGGAAUCUCCCACCCUUUCCCACAAGACAGAUGUUUGUUCUCGCUCUCUGUCGGAUAUGUGAACCGAUUGCGUUCAUGGGCAUCUUCCCCUACAUCUACAAGAUGGUGGAGAAAUUCCAGGUGACCGACGACAAAAGCCAGAUCGCCCUCUACGCCGGCAUGGUCACCUCGGCAUUCACAUUAGCCGAGUUCUCCACGGGUGUGCUCUGGGGAAGGUUAAGCGACAAGAUCGGCAGGAAACCCGUCCUGCUCAGCGGUCUCGCGGGCACCGCGCUGAGCGUGCUAAUCUUCGGCUUCUCCCCCAACCUCUGGGUUGCGCUCCUCGCUAGGGCUCUCAGCGGUCUGCUCAACGGAAACAUUGGUGUCUUGCAGACCACGGUGGCUGAGCUGGUCAAAGUCAAGGAGCAUCAACCCCGCGCAUACACCAUCAUGCCAAUUGUGUGGUGUCUUGGGUCGAUCAUUGGACCAAUCAUUGGUGGAGCGCUGGCCGAGCCAUGCGAAACGCUCCCGAGCCUGUUCCCCCGGGGCAGCAUCUGGGAGAAGUUCCCGUACCUGCUCCCGAACCUGUUCAGCGCCAUUGCCGUCUUCCUCGGGGUGAUCAUCGGAAUCCUGUUCCUCGAGGAGACCCACGAGGAGAAGAGGCUCAACAGGGACCGCGGCGUUGAGCUUGGCAAGUACCUGCUUGGCCUGCUGCCCUGGAAUCGUGAGAGACGCGUCUCGACCACCGGAAAGGGCGAUUCCCAGCCGCUCCUUAUGGACACGACCGAGUUCCUGCCCGGCUACCAGACGAACGAGAACUCUCCCCAGCUUGUUGCCCGCGACCUGCCCGAAGCCCUCGAUCUGCCGCCCAUCUCGGCCCCGCCGCUGCCGAGAGCACCAGCCGGCACCAUUUUCACCCGGCCCGUGGUGCUCAACAUCGUGUCAUAUGGCAUCCUGGCCUUCCACACCAUGACGUACGAUCAGCUCCUGCCCGUCUUCCUCAGCACGGAACCGCAGAACCAGCCGAUCCACCUCCCCUUCAAGUUCUCGGACGGGUUCGGCUACAAGACGACGACGGUCGGAAUUGUCAUGUCGGUCCAGGGCGGCUACGCCAUGCUCUCGACCAUGGUCCUCUUCCCCUGGGCGGUGCGCAAGAUGGGCCCGCUCCGGCUGUUCCAGUUCCUGGCGCUGUCGUACUUCAUGCUGUACCUCCUGACGCCCUACAUCGUGCUGCUCCCCGAGGAGAACUACCUGCGCGCCAUCGGCAUCUUCGUCGCCAUCGUGUGGAAGUGCACCUACUCGACCAUGGCGUACCCGAGCAACGCCAUCCUGCUGACCAACUCGGCCCCGACGUCACUCUCGCUCGGCACCAUCAACGGCGUCGCCGCCUCGACGGCCAGCCUGUCGCGCGCCUUCGGCCCCACCAUCUCGGGCAUGCUCUACGCCGCCGGCCUCAAGACGGGCUUCUCGGGCCUGCCCUGGUGGUGCAGCGGCGUCGUCACCAUCGCGGGCGCCUUCAUCAGCCUCCAGAUCACCGAGGUCCCCGGCCGCAUGGACGAGAAGAAGCCGACCGACGUCGAGUCCGCGCCCCUGCUGGACGACGACAACGACGAUGACGAGCUAGAGUCGGAUAGGCGUUGCUGAACGAGCUAGCUAGCUAGCGGGAGAGAGAGAGAGAGAGAGAGAACCGGCACUUUCGGAUAUUUCUCACCUGGUUCCCCACACGCCUAGCGACUUUCCCUUUUUCCGCAUUCAUGCGCAUUUAGCUCUGGAGCCGGCGAGCUCGGCUAACGAUGCCUGUCUCCAUGGACGUGGGUCUGCUUUUUUUUUUUCCCCUGCUGGCUUGGCUGGCUCGUGUGACGCCCUUUCUGCUUUUCCGCUUGGCCUCGACUCCACAGACCGCAGAGACUCUUUUGGGGGGACAAUCCUCAUUUCGGCGCCACACGCGGCUUCCCACCCGGCGGCGCGCGGCCCACUUGGCGCAACCAAAAAGCCUGGCAACGGAACGCAACCGCGGGGGAGCCAAAAAAAGCAGGAGCAAGCAUUCACUACCACGCCACCAUCAACGCACUUUUGCUUUUUUCCCUGUUAGGCCUUCCUGCUUUUUCUCGUUUGGGCCGUCUUCCGAUUUCACACCCUGGAUCCGAUCCGGGCGGGUGCGGCUGAUGUGUCUCCCCAUCCUCGCUAUCCUCUUUUGGGCUCACUUUAGCUUCGGGUUUUGUCACUUCCUUCCUCUCUGUUUGUGUUUCUUCCACCCCCCUCGUCUCUUCAUCAUUUUCUUUUUUUUUUU